AUGUCUAGAGAGGAGUUGACUGAAGUUCAAUCACAACAGACAGCGUCGACAACAACAACUAAGGAGUCGCGAGAAAAUAUACCCACAAAUUCAACUGCUCCCAAAAAGACCGCGUCUUCGACUCAUUCAAGUUUUCAGGGACAACAAUCACAAAACGAACCUAGCUCGACAGCUGAUUCGAGCCAGGAGAUAAAGGCGAACGUAGUUAGACGUCAGCGUGAGAAAAUGGAUAAAGACAUUUCAAUUCCUAUAAAUGCUUAUCAAGGCGUGUCAGAGAAAGACAUUACUACGACCAACAUUGUUCCUGAUGCGGAUGACAUCCCAUUGGGUGGCUCAAAGAACAUCGUUGGUAGCAGUAAUGUUAAUAAUGGCGUUACUGAAUAUGAUCAAGAAAAUGGAAUUCGGAAGCAGAGUGUCAACGGUAAUUCUCACAGUAUUCCCGCGCCCUCAUCUUCCGCUCCUAUCGCUGGUUCCAAUACGACCACCGUCCCCAACAAUUCUAACAAUCCCUGUUCUAAUGGUACCGGGCCAGCAUACGACGAAAUGCCUCAGAUGUAUCCAAAUUUGAAUGCCAACACUCCCUUCAUACCAGUUUCACCACAUUAUUUUACUCCUGCUUUUUUUUCUAACAAUGGACAAUGUUACUAUGAUCCUCAGUACAGAUUUGGUCGUCCUCCACAAAUACCACCACCAUCUGCUCAACAUUUCGUCAGAUCGAAUAUUUAUCCUUAUCACCCAAUAUCCGUUAUACCUCCUAUUCAUCCAUCUUUUCAGAACCCCCAUUUAGUUCCACCAUCAAUUCCUGUGAGAUAUUUUAGCCCUUCUAGUACUGCGGGUGGUGAUUCUGGUUUUUCAUCCCGAAGAAGCUCUUUAGAUCAGGUCAGAACUCCUGAUUUAGGUCCACAACACACUCCAAGAAUGAAUCAACAAAAGAAACCCAAACAGUUGGAUAAGGCCCUUUGGGUCGGAAAUUUACCGGAUUCUACUACUCAUGAAGAAUUGAGUGUGUUUCUUAUCAAAAAGUCGAACUGUGCAUUUGUGAAUUACAAGACGCAUGAAGCUGUCAUGCAGGCCGCUAGUAAAUAUAAUGAAAAAGAUUUCAAAGGCAUUAAACUUGUUUGUCGGCCAAGAAAGCAAACUCCCGCAGAUCUAAAGUUAAAAUCAGAAACUUCUUCAGAUUUGACUUCAGAUCAUACUCCUCCUCCCACUCCUUCUGAAGCAGGUUCUACAGCUUCUUCUAGAUCACGAAGGUCAUCAUUACCUCCGCGACAACGAAUCAGACAGUCUUCAGUUGCUUCGAUGUCUCCUGCUUCGUCAGUUUCAUCUGCAAAACCUUCAUCAGUUAAUAGAUAUUUCAUUCUAAAAUCGUUGACCCAAGAUGAUCUAGAUAUUUCUGUUAAAAGUAGUUUUUGGGCCACUCAACCGCACAAUGAAGCAGCAUUGAACAAGGCUUUUAAAAGUGCUGAAAACGUGUUUCUUAUUUUCAGCGCCAAUAAAAGCGGCGAAUUUUAUGGUUACGCAAAGAUGGUGAGUCCAAUUAGCAAAGAGACAACAGAAAAUGUACAAUGGACGCCAAUUGAUGAAGCGGCUUUAGCAGCUUCAUCAUCACGACCUUCAUCAGUCCAGGAAGAUAUAAAAACGAGAUUAAAAAAGUCUCAAGAUGAAGAGAAUGAAGAUUGUGAUGAUGAUAAUAUUCCAUCGAGAAAUUGA